AUGUAUGCUUAUGAAGCAGUCAAGUUAAAUGGAAAAUGUGCAACUAAAUCAAGUUUAAAUUUACGUGAAUCAAGCAAUGAAAGCAAAGAUAAAAACAAUAGAUUAUCGCUUAACAGUGAUAACAAAUAUACAAAUAAUAGCGGCACGAAGAAAACAAAUUCCAAUACAAAUGCCGAAGAACAAAGUUUUGAGAAAGAAGACAAAGAUGUAGGGACAGAGAAAGACGCACGAUUUCAUAAAAAUGGUGCUCUCCAGCAAUGCAUCACAGAAAUAACAGCGAACCGAAAUACAGAAGGUAUAAAGGACGCUAAUUCGCAUAAUGAAAAGCAGCCAAAAAAUACAUCACAUUUUGUCACAGUAAUCGAAGUAAAGGAGAGUAAAAUGAAUGUGGAAAAAGAACCCGACACGCCCACAUUAGAACAAUAUGAGAGUGGUGAUACUGUGUCGACAACAACAUUUAGUAGUUUCGAACGCAAAUCAACAAAAGUUGAUCCUACUGCACCACCGCUUUCUCCUGCAUUGACGUCACCAUCAAUGUCAACGUCAUCAUACACGGCACAUUUACGCGCAGACAAAAAGAUGCCACCAAGGCCACCACCCAAAAAUGUGCGUCGUGUCGAACCACCAACAAUACCAACUACUACAUUAUCAUCUUCACCAAAACGUGAUACUCCUUUUGCCGGCAGUACAAUGCCACUUCCAAAUAGUUCAGGUAGUUUUUCAUCUUCAGAAAGUCCUGGAAAUUCUCUUGAGCGAAAUAUCAAACCAUCUGAUAUACUUCGCCAGAAAACUGCAGAAACUUCAGAUGCAAAAUUAUUGGCACCUAAUAGAAAAACUACACCUGAUAUGGGUAAAUUUGUAAAUACUAGCGAGUUAAUGGAAGAAAUUGGACGUAAAAUUGGAAAAUCUGAAAGUUUAGAAAAGACAAAACGUUCUGAAUUGAAUACAACUCAAAGUCCAACUGGGAGCUUAGGUCGUACAGGUAAUACAACUACAACUCGACAGAUAACACCAGGACGUGGUAGUGUAAAUAAUACUAUAACAGCAUCACCUACAGGAAGUCUUAAUAAAACGGCUAAACUAGCUAUUGCCGAUAGUUCUUCAACAGGCAGUUUAGAGAAAAAAUCCCGGAAUUCAUUACAGGCUAGCGAUGCGGAUGCUGCAAAUACAAGAACUGCUGGUUCCAAAGAAUCUUUAGCGUCACAAGGAAUAUCAGAAAUUAUUAAAAGCUACGAGUCUGUUUCAUCAUUAAGUUCAGAUAGUGCCAAAGCAGCACAAAAUGUUGAUAAUGAGCCCUAUUAUGAUACGGUUCCUUUAGAUAAUGGAGAUGGUGAAUAUGUAUAUAUUAAACCAGGUGGCAAUGGCUCCUCUUCUAGUCGUGAUGAUCUAUCAACUCCUGGCAGUACAUUGCCUAUUGGUUCAGUAGCUCAUCUUAGCAGUCAAACAAGCGUUACAGAUCCAGAAUCACCUGGUCGUCAAUCAAAUUAUGUUAAUAUUGAUUACUUCCUAAAUCAAAACAACGAAACUCGAUCUAGUUCAUUAGAUAGUGAUGGAGAGUAUGAAGGUCCGCUAAUUAUACGCGCCAUUUCACACGAUGAGCAAACAUCACAAACUCCAAGCGUUUUAAGAAAGAACUUAGUUUCAGCGAUACUUGAGUCUGGUAAUGCACGAGGUGUAAAAAUACGAUCAAUUUUAAGUAGCAUCAUACAAAGUGAAAAAAUCUAUGUAGAAUGCUUAAAUAAAAUGAUACAGUAUAAAAAGGCUAUACACGCCACACUUGGUACAUCCCAACCUGUGAUUAAGGAGGAAGAGGAGAAUACAAUAUUUUUUAAAAUCGAUGAGCUUUAUGAAGUACAUACAGCAUUUUUAAAUGAUUUAAAAACUAUAGUUUCACAUGAAGGUGGUGAUGUACUAAUUGGUGGUACAUUUGGACGUUUGGCAGAUAUGUUUAAUUUGUAUAGUGCGUUUUUGCAUAAUUACGGACAAGCUAUAGAAACAGUUAAAAAAUGCAGCGCUAACAAUCCGCAGUUCAAAAAGAUCGUUUCAACGAUCGUUUUGAAUCUGCAGACUGAACAGUCGCUUACAUUAGAGGAUUUACUGCAUAAACCUGUUGCACGGGUGCAGAUAAAUGCCUUGGUUUUCAAUGAUUUAUUGAAUGAAACACCAUCUAAUCAUCCAGAUCAUCAACCGUUGCGUCAAGCACAUAAAACAAUACGCAUGUUCCUCAAUCAAUUUAAUGUAGUCAACCAACGUUUGCCAACAGAAUCGAACAAAAAUUUAAGACGCAUGGUUAAGAAUUCAUUUAUUGUUGAACUUGUUGAUGGUCAUCGUAAGCUGAGGCAUUUAUUUCUUUUUAAUGAUGUCAUUGCUUGUGCAAAAUACAAGGCUUCCGGUCGCGAUCGUAUUGAU